AUGGACCCGCCCACCCCGAUCCAGAUGACACGCGGCUGCCAGCCGCGGAGCAGCGCGGCGGGCCCCUCGUCCCUCAGGAUCUGGCGCGCGCAGUCGGCGACGCCGGCGUACUGCCCGCGUCCGCCGUCAAUCAUCAUGCGCGUCUUGAGCACGUCCAGGGGCGUGGUGGCCAGCCCCGUCACCGCCCCGGCGAUGGCCCCCGCCACCGAGUGCUCCGCAGGGUUGAGCUCUCGGCGUCCCCCCAGCACGGCGGAGGCGUAG